GAGCCUGUCCGUCUGCCUUCUUUAUUGAAAUUGCCUCGGUUGGCACCGAGCACACGUCCGCACACAAGACGUUGGUUACUCAAUCUCACACUCGCGACGCCCGUGUCUUGCUCCUUUACCUUUUACUUCACUUCAUGCGCCGGCACCGGAAGUAAUGGAGAGCCGUGGCCGUCAUAUCCAGUGACGUAACAGAAGGUAUCAUUGCGGGAACGAAAAGACGAACAAUGCUCAUGAUGAGGAGCGAGAACAGUCGAAGAAGCAGAUGCCACUCGAUCUUUUGUUACUAUAGCAACCUUCAUUGUCUGCUGGCUUCGUAUGUUUGUUACUAACAUACGGCGAGGAAAUUAGCAAUGGAAAGGUCGAGAAAUAGUGAGGACCUCUUGGAGGCAGUCCCAGCGCCUGAGCUUUUGCUAUAUAGGGGCUAGGUAAAAAGAAAUCAAGCCGUCUUUCUCCAUCAGUAGCCACAAGGACGAGACAAGAGGGAUGUCAUCCUAGUGACCACCGUGGACGAGCGGCUUCUUUUCCUGCUGACUCGAAUAAGCGGGCACCGCUGAAUUUAGAAAGAUGGCAUCGCCACUCAGGAGCAUCAUUGAUCCGAAGGAGCACCUCUUCGACUUGCGGAGGAACUUUGGGGAGUACAUGCUGCAACACCUGCGCCGUCACGCGAGUUCGAAAUGGAUCAAUGGCACAGGCGACGAAGCGGUGACCUACGGUGAAGUAGCUGAGCAGGUGGAGGCUGUGCGGGCGGCGCUCUGGCGACUAGGUAUACAGGCGGGGGACAGAAUCCUGCUUCUCAGCGGCAGACGAUUACAGAUGUUGCCCGCGUUUCUGGGUGCAGCUAGCGCCAACGUGGCGUCUAUGUACAUGAACCCAGGAUACGGAGUCGAUAUCCUUGCCGAUGCAAUGCGGCCCCUGUCCUUGGUCGCCCUCUUCUGUGAACCAUGCUGGGUUCAGGAAGCUUUCAAGCUACAGCGCGAGCUCCCAUCUGUUAAGACUAUCAUAGUGCUGGAUGAACUGGUAGACAAACCGGACGGUGCGUCGAGCUGUGUAAUCACGUGGAGCGAGCUACUGAAGAAGGGACGGAUACUGAACGGAACACCGUGUCCCUCGAUCGAGUACCGGGAAGAACAAAUCUGCUACAUGACGUCGACAAGCGGCACGACCGGCAAGGCUAAGGUGGUCGUGCACUAUCACGAAUCUCUCUUGGCCACCGUCCAGGCAAACAGCCACCCUGCUCACAUGAACCUGAGCACAGAUGACGUGGCGCUGUGCACAACUUCCCUGGGCCACGUGUACGCGCUAUUCGAUGUCGUCUGCAAGGCCAUCGUCCAGGGAGCCUCGGCUGCCUUUGUUGAGAGCGCCGACGAUGUGCUCGAGGCGCUCCACGCACACAAGGUCACAGCCUUGAGCACAACGCCCUACACGGCACGAUGCAUACUGGAAAAUGACAAGCGCAAGAAUUACGACCUCAGCUCCCUCAAGUACGUCACGUCUGCGACCUCAUGCAUUAACGAGGAAGUGGCCAAGGCGUUAUUCCAGGAGCUAAGUAUCAAGUCGUUCAUACAGUUGUACGGUCAGUCGGAGAUCCCGUUCGUCACAGCGGGCCUUUACAAUGCACCAUGCCGUUUCAAGUCCAUAGGCCGCUUGGGCAUGGGAGUCGAAGCAAUGGUGAGGGACGUCGAGACAGGAAAGCCCAUCGGCCCAUGGGAACAAGGCGAGCUCGUGGUUCGAAGUCCCGGCCUGAUGCGCGGGUAUUGGGGAAUGCUGCAUGAGUCCGUCACCGACAGCGAAGGCUGGUACAGAACAGGCGACCUAUGCUACUACGAUGAUGAAGGUUGGCUGUAUCUGGUGCAACGACUGAGCGACUUCUUUUGCUGCCGCGGGACGAAGGUCUCACCAGUUUUAGUCGAGACUGUGCUGCAGAAGUGUCUGGAAGUCGAUGACUGCGCCGUCGUGGGACUUCCGCACUAUGAAGCCGGCCACGUGGCUCACGCUGUAAUUGUGCGAAAUCCCGAAGCCAGGACAUUGGGCGUCGAAUACUUCACACGAUUUGUGGAAGCUAACGCACCGAAGAGCUUCAACUUGGAAGGUGGCGUGACGUUCGUCGACAAGAUUCCACGGAACGAGCUGGGAAAACUCGUCAGGCGUGAGCUCAUCCAGUGGGUUCUCAAGCAACAAGAGCGAGCAGCCUGAAACUGACAGUGGAGCUGGAUCAAAAGCACCAAUCGUGCCGCACCAAAGUUGUAAAACAGAGCGCUUCACGCUAAAAGCAUGACAGCGAUGUUUCAAAAGCAGGCGUAAAAGUUAUGGACCCCCCCCCCCCCCCCCCCCCCCCCCACACACACACUAUUGCAAAUAUAACAGUACGAAAUCUUCGAUUCUCGUGGCGGCACAAACAAUUGGCGUAACAGGAUCCUCGACCAAUUGGUGAACUUAAUCGGCAACGCGGCGAAAAAAUAACUUGGGACUGCAGGAUUGUUUUCGUCAUCUAAUUUUCGCCUUUUCGGAAAUCUAGUGCCCGUUAUUCACAAAAUUUAUUUUGUAAGAGCAUUUCUUAAUCGGCUGGCGGUCAGGCUUCCGCCACCCAUCAUAUCAAUACGCGUGAUAACGCGAAGAUUGCCACGGAGAAAGUCACAAAACAAAAGUUUUGUGGUCUUUUAAAUCGUUCAGUCUAGAAUCUGGUCCUCACGUAUACGCUAUCUGUAUGCGGCCGAGGAGGAGCCGGUUGGUUGACUGGCUAGACUUAUUGAAUGCGUGUAUGCGUCUCUGAGCUAUGAGUGUAUGUUUAGAGAGAUGACUUAAGUUGCUGUGCUUUGUAUGCCCUAGAUCUGUGAUUUUCAUGUAAUGAAGGAAAGAACACCGUUACGGCGCCACAUGGUGUUAAUUGAAAAAGAUUGAAACACUGUUUGAACGACA